AUGCCUGAUGGACCCGAGACCAUCCGCCCGGCUGCAGACCAAUGGCAGGUCAGGGGGUAUGUUGUUGCGAUGCUCCAAUCUGUCAACGACGUCGCCAAGGUGCUUGGCAUCCGCGCUGAGUGCGUGGGCGGGGGCAACGGCCGCAGCGCUUCCUUCCCCGACCUGGUCGUGUAUGGGGAUGCUGUCAUCGAUGAGGCGCCUCUCCUGGUCAUCACCAACUACCACAUGACCAUCUUCCUCAAGCGCAGCGCGCAUGUGCAAAACAAGUCCCUCAUGGCAUCGCCACCCAUCUGGUGGGACAGCACAGAUCCACCACCGCGUGCUGCCUGGUUGUACUUGCUUCAGCAGGCCGAUGCCCUGUACGACCAGAAAAAGAAGCUGCCACGGGUCCUUGUCCCUCCCACAGGAGCCGGCCACGCCAUCAAGGCCAGAGAGUACGCCCAGGAGACGUUGGCAGCCAGCAGAGGCGACAUGUCAGGUAGCAAGGAGGACAUGUCAGACGGCAGCAGCAGCGGCGUUCCAGCUAGCAUCGGAAGCGACGCAGAUGAAGUGUGGACCCUCGCGCAGCUUGGUCUCACAGACGAGAUGUUGGGAGCAGGCCAGUACGGCCAUGUCUUGAGGGGGUUGUACAACUCAGAGCCGGUGGCUGUCAAGCUGUACGAUUUUCGCAAGCGCGGUGCUUCUGCUGCCUACGAGACUGAAAGAUUUGCCUAUCUAACGCUGCUGGAGCUCCAGGGGCGAGCCAUUCCCAGAUUCAUUGGUGCUGGGAGACUCAUGCAUGCAGAUGUGCCUGUCAUUGUGACAACCUGCUCGGGUGCCGCACUGUCAGAGGGCCAACCUGUGCCGCAGCGCAUGCACAGAAGGAUGCGCACAGCGGUGCGCGCCUUGCACAAUGCUGGAGUGGCCCACGGCGAUCUGCGACCCUCAAACUUCCUCUGGGAUGGGAAGGACAUCCGCCUGGUUGACCUUGGCAAUGCGGUGAUAAAGGCCACUGAGGAGCAGCUGAACAGCGAGAAGACCGAGUUGAAAGCAAUCUUUGGAUCAUGA